CUACAGGAAAAGAUCACUAAAUACAAUAUUGAACCUGGGAAUAUCUACAACUUCGAUGAAAAAGGAUUCCUAUUGGGCUUCAUCCACACCCUCAAGCGUAUUGUAUCAAUUAAUGCGCUCAAAUCCGGCCGUACAAUAGGUGCCAGCCAGGAUGGCAGCCGCGAAUUCAUUACACUACUUGCCUCAAUUUGCGCCGAUGGAACCUCACUCCCACCUGCUCUCAUAUAUCAAGGGGAAUCAAGGGAUAUGCAAGAUACUUGGCUGGAAGAUUUUGAUAGCAAAAAGGAUCAGGUCUACUUUGCUGCUUCAGAGAAUGGAUGGAGCAAUGAUGAAUAUGGGUUAAUGUGGUUAAAGAAGAUCUUUGAACCUCAUACAAAAAAGAAAGCAGGGCGUGGAUACAGGCUUCUUAUAUUAGAUGGCCACUCAUCCCAUGUUAAUAUGGCAUUCAUCAAUUACGCGGCUCAGCAUAAGAUUUUACUUGCUGUCUUUCCUCCCCACUCUACACACCGAUUACAACCGCUAGAUGUUGGGAUAUUUGGACCAUUGAGCAAAUCAUAUUCUAAGCAUUUGAAUGAGCGAAUGAGAACCGGUAUGGGAUUUGUACGCACUACAAAGAGGUCUUUUUGGCAGCUAUUUGAUGCUGCUUGGAAGGAAUCAGUUACAUCCUCAAAUAUUAUAUCCGCGUUCGCUGCGGUUGGCCUACAUCCAUUUGAUCCAGAACAGGUUCUUAAAAAGCUUGCAAUACGCCCUUGCACCCCUCCAGACGCGCAAUAUCGACCCAGAACCCCUACAUCUAUUAUUGGCAUGCGGAAAUUAGUCAAGCAAGUCAAGCAGCGGCAGCGUCGAAUAUCUAGCGAUCUCAACCAGGUGAUCCGUGCAGGAGAGAAUCUUGCUCUUGAUAAAGAGGUUCUUUUAAUAGAGAACAGGCAGCUACAGCAAGCUCUUAAUCAGGAAAGAAGACGUCGCAAGCGUGGCAGGGCAAUGGGGUUGCUAGAUUCUUCAAAUCCGUCAUUGGCACAGUUCUUUUCACCGGCAAAGGUGCAGAGCAUCCGCGAGCAGAUGACUGCCGCAGAGGCCGCCAAAAAGGAUGAACAGGCUCGUAAGGAGGAUGCCAAGUUGCAACACGCUAUUCUUAAGGAGCAGAAGGAGACAGAUAUCAUGUUACAGCGAAUGGAGCGGGAGGCAGCUCGCCAGGCAGCUAAGGAGCAAAAGGAGAUGGAUAAGGCCGCAAGAGCCGCUCAACGGCAGAUUGACAGGGAGCUUAGGGAUGCAAAGAAGGCCCAAGAGCAAAAGGAAAAGGAAGAACGAGCUGCUGCGCGGCAGCAAUCGCGGUUGGGGGGGGGGCCAGGUUCGGGGGUCCAAAAAUCACCUUCCUAA